CUCGAUUUCGCCGAUGAGUCCGACGACCGAUGGCCUCGACAGCCUCGUUCUCGGCAGCCCCGUUAGUCCUCUGAUCUCCGACACCACCCCCGUCUUCACCAAGAUUCGAUUCCUCCCUCUUCCUCCCGCCGCAGUGGCUCAGCCCUCCAACCCCACUGGCCAUGACAGACCCAUGGAGAACAGCCCCUCCCCUCACCACCAAGACGGUGAAGUCACUUCAGCCCAGCACGCGUCCAACAUCGAGGACGAAGUCGAGGCCGAGGCUGGCGACUCACUCAUCGAUGAAGUGAUUGCAGCCCUGUACCGUCAUGUCGAGGCUCUGAAGGAGCACACAUCUGUUCUAGAGGACCUUAUCGUUACCUUGAAACAGACUCGUAACUAAACCUCCGCUAAACAAUUGACAUCCUCGAGUCGCAUCAAUUGUACGCUUGGAGA